CCGUUCGACGUAAGUGCUGAAAGUCGUGUAAAAAGUUGUAUCCGGCCACGAAUAGCCAGCGAGAGCGCGUGGAAUUCCGUUUAUAAAUACGCGACUGCGAACGGCGAGUUUUCCGGCUACGGCGACGUGUGGUGUGUGUAGCGACGCCGUGAGAUUGCGCCGGCAGCGGAGCCCCUCGCUCCUGGCGGCUGCAGGGCUGCGCCAGCGGCUCGCAGCGGCGGCAUGCGCGGGCGCCGAUGAUAUUCACCGGCGGGGGGGCGCGCCGCCGCACCUCGCCCGCGCCACGGUCGCGUCCUGCCCCGCGAUCAUCCGCCCAGCCCUUCCAGCCCAACUACUGGUUCCCGGGCACGGGUUGUAGUGAAGGCGAGGUGCGGCGCUCCCGAGGUAAACGAAUCACGCAGCGACGAUGUGCCAUCAAGCAUCAUAAAGUACACGAAGUAAAUGGUCACCGUUUCGUAGCCAAGUUCUUUCGUCAGCCCACGUUUUGUGCGUUCUGCAAAGAGUUCCUCUGGGGCUUUGGGAAACAAGGAUACCGGUGCAUAGUGUGCCAGACCGCUGUACACAAGAGAUGCCACAAUAAACUGUUAGGAAAAUGUACGGGUUCGCCUGCGGAAUCUGCAUCAACUGUGUAUCUUCGAGAGCGGUUCAAAGUAGAUGUACCACAUCGCUUUCGGCCACAUUCGUUCAUGUCACCGACUUUUUGCGAUCACUGUGGCGGACUACUCUACGGUUUUUUUAAGCAGGAUCUCAAGUGCGAAGUUAAAAAUUCAAUUCAAAAUAACCUACGCCAGAGUCGUAGUAACAAUACUUCCUGCUGACGAUGAAAAAACCGC